AUGUCACCAGAGAAACGAAAGAGUAUCACCAAAUGGCACAGGGAUCAAGAGAGAGAAGAGAGGGAAAAGUUUAGGCAACAGAGGCCAGAGGUCGGCCGGAGGAUAGUGUCGGUACAACGUACAAGUGGCCCAAACAGGUACCUGGAAAAACCCUGUUACCUUGUAGGUCUGUACCUUUCGGCUAGGGUGUUUGUCGCGGGCGAAGAGCGGGUUGAGCGACUGUCUCAAAUAUCAAAGGCCGAGAAGCCAGGGAUGCCUGAAGUGAGACGGAUCUCCGAGCACUUGGGGCUGUCCGGUGUGAGGGAUGGGGUGGACAGGGAGACGUUGCAGCCUGGCCUGAGAGACUGA